AUGCAACUACUGCAGCUCAGUGCGCAGCAUCAACAAGCAUCCCAGCGCCAAGCCUCGAUGCAAUGGCUCGAGCAGGAACUCGACAAGACACAGCAAGACCUCGAGCUUCAGUGCGCCCGCAAAAGACCGACGUCCGAGUCCAAGAAUAAGCGGCUGCUCGAAGCCGACCCCCUCACGCGCGAGGCCCGGACGGUUCGGUCGCACCACACCGAGUCGCUCGCGCCUGUCAAGUCGGUGUAA